ACUAAUUUAUGUAUAGGGAUGAAGGCGUUCUUUAUGGACUGAACGGUCUGCGCCAAACAGCGAGAAAGAAAAAAAAAAAAGAAAGAAGGCGUUCUUCGGUAUUUGAUUAAAAAAUUAGUAUUAUAUUAUUAUAAGAUACGGAAUUUUCGUUCUCAAAGAAAGUGAACAGGAUGUAUCAAUGAUAAUGAUUGUCUAGUUCAAGAAAUAAACUGUGAAAAUGUAUGUUUCAAAUCACAUCAACAAUAGUAAAUAAGAAAAUCAAAUGCACAAAUCAGUGCAAUAAGGAACAAAUAACAGAAAUGACUAUAUUACAUAUCGAUUGUCGGUCUAAGGCCUAUGGUUCUGUUUGUUACCUAAGAUACUCACCAAAUAACUCGGAUUGCGCUGCUCUACUAUAACAGAAUGAUCGUCAUAGUUGAACGAUUUAAUAUAUCCAUUCACGCUGUCGUAAAACUGCAGACAUCCAUCGGGAGCUUCAUCGGUUACCAACUGUGAAUGAAAAUGGCUUACAAAGACCUUCGUCAUACAAUCUUGGAUGUUAAUGAUUGCCUCGCUCGGUCCGAAUGCUAGAUGUUUUGGCAAGUUUUCAAACGUAAAUCCUGCUCGAUCUGUUUUCAAGUAGUUUCUGAUACGUGUCUUGUAGUUUUCAAUUCUGAAUUGAAAUAAUGCCCGAGAACAACUAUAGUAUUAUUCAGACGUUAGAACAUAAAGACACUGUUUUGUCGGUGUUACCUUCGUUGUGGAUUAUUAAAAACGGAUGGAAGUCCUAUGAAACGGACGAUUCUGAUAGCAGUAGCAUUGAUGGCGAUGAUCUGUGCUAUUGGCCUAAAGGUAUUUCUGGCUAUCGGUUGCUGGAAAAAUCCAAAAAAGAUCCCAACGUCAAUCCGGACAUAAAAAUGCUGCGGCCCUUGCGGUGCACGAUUAAGCGAAACAAAUUUGAAAAUUAUUCUGAGGCGUUCCAGGAAUUGGAAAGGCUGGAAAAGGUUUCGGAAGAAUAUGGAACAAUGAAGAAGAUGAGAAAAGACCGACAGUUACAGCCAGUGCGAUCAUCUGAAGAACCAACAAGCUUGCUCCAGAGUUCAAAUGAUGAUCCUACUAAAGCACCGGAUAUACGUGAACUACUGCAGUCACUGCACGAGAAAGUUGAUAAGAACACCAGAAUACUUGAAGAAUACAAGCUUGCUGAAAAAAGAACAUUCACGCUUCUCUCCCAAGUCAAUGCUAAAUUAGAUGUCCUUGCCAAUCAAAUCAACUUGAAAAACUUUGGGUCGCAGAAUUCCCAGCGAGUCGAAACUUUGUGCAACGAAACAAUAGCUGCCCCGUUGAGUCCAAUAAAAAAUUUCGAAGAACUGCAAUCUCUUGAAAAGCAAGCAAAAGAUCAGCAGUUCGUUGAGGUGGUCACCAAAUAUUUUGGCUCCAUGCACGGUAAGAGUCGAUACGUUGGUGAAGGUGGAACAGUUUGCCUGCAGAUCAUCGACUAUUUCUUCGAUAGAGAAUUUCUACUGACCUGCUCGUGGACCGGAACAAGCAGACCGAAAAACAGCGAUGAAGUUACUAUGCCCAAGAUUCCCUUCUACAAGUUUGAUAGAGUUAUUGCUCUGUUUCAUAAAGUGGUCACGUUUUCCGAUCCAACGUAUCCGCUGGUCGAGUGCCAAAACUUUCUGAAACGUUGUUUGCGAAAUGCCAAGCAACGAUUCAUAGAAAUUAAAGGAGUAAGAGCUUCGUCGGCAAGAAAGAGACGCAAACAAAAUCAAAAUCAAUCGGUGCGAAGCAGCGUGGAUGGUUACCAGGAAAAGCAGGAUGAAGAAGAUGAGUCAUCGAUGACAUGUGAAGAACCAUUCGUGAAGUUUGAAGAAGCGUGGAUGGAUGAGGAAGAGGAGAACCAGGAUGAUGCAGAAGACUUUGAUUGAUCAGUUCAAAUGCAUCCGUCGCACAAUAGCUCGGGGAGUAAACUUUGCGAAUCACAUAAUUCUGCCUAAUGCUGAAAGUAUUCCAAAAGGAAAAGUUUAUCGUUUGACUUUGAUUUAUAUUAGUUAUUAAACAAAAUCAUGAACAAUAAACAAUCCGACAGUGGAUCUUUGAAAACUUGUCUUUGCUUUUAUAAAGAUUGGCCUCUGUUUACAGUUUAACCCUCUCCCAGCGGAAAAAAAACAUUUUUUAGUUCGGAAAAUGUCUUGUUUUAAACUCUCAACCCAAAUGUUUCGUUAUUUUCUUAUAUUUGUGACUCUCAGCGUCCCUCAUAGAUUUUUAUUCGACCACCCUAAUUCCUGAUUUUAUUAAAAAUUUGAUUUCUAUCAAUCUUUUUUUUUUUUAAAUUUAAUCCGAUACAACCCUGACAAAUUUUAUUAUUUUUCCUAUGUUGACGCAUUUUUUAUUAGGCAAAGCAAUUUUAGUUUUUAUUAAUUGUGGUAUUUUUUAGAACAAUCACUCAACCUAAAGAUUAACAGGGUUUCUAGCGUCUGAAAGUACCCAAAAAACCUGGAGUUAUCAGGGUAUCUAAAAAAAAACCUGAAAAAACUUGGAAUUUCUAAAACAAUUAGGAAACUUUGAUUUUUUUUGGAUCCGAUAAAUGCCGAAAAUUGAGAUAGAGUAAUGAUUUGUUCCUAAUAGUAUUGAAUGAUAUUACUAGAGAGCUAUGAAGGAAAGGAAAUGGCGUAAUAACGAAAAAUAGUUUUCACAAUGAAGGACAAGGUAGAUUGGUAUUACAAUUAUUUUUUCAGUUUACGGCUAGUUUGAUGGAACAAUUUCAUGCAUCUAGCCCACCUGGGAAGCCACAGAAUACAAAACGAUUUUCGGCAAUAAAAAAAUAUUUUUUUCUGAAUAACGACAGAUUUUUUUAAUAAUAUUUUAUUGCAUGAAAAAUCCCUUUUGAAUUUUUAGAUCAUAGAUUUUACUAUGAGCGUUUUGAAAUUAAUAGCUUAAAUGGGCCAAUUUCGAUUCUUCAUUUCAUAACUGAAACACAAGGCAUUAAAAGGUUGAAACAAAAGGCUGUAUUGAGGAACAAAAUUCUGCAAAUAAGUUCAUAGGCAGAGUUCAGAGCGUCUUUGCUUUUUUAACUUUGUCAUUCAGAUCCCUCCUGAUCCUUCUGAUGUUUUGUAUUAAAAUAAAAAUACCAUCAAUGCAAUUAAAUUUUUAUGCAAAUCUUGUUUAACAGCCUACUAAAACUUAUGAAAUGUUCCUAACUAUCUGUGAUCAUAUCCGGUUUUUAUAAAUUCAGAUCUUUAUUUAGGAUUUAUUUUCCGGUGAGACGAACUCAAUUUAUCAGUUAAGCCGAACAACAUUGGUAUCAAAAUUUAUGAUAUCACUUCAGGAAUUGAUUUUCGUUUAUUUUGAGUUCAUCUGAUGAGUUGUGUCCGAAAUUUCCAUUCCGGACCAGAUUCCCGAUCUUGAACAUGGUCCCAGAGAUCCGGAUUUACAGGAACCAUAUGGGAACCAACGGCUGUUUAGGCCCUGUAUAUUAGCUUGAGUGUGACAUCACAUUUCAACUAAAAAAGCCACAUAACUGUACAAUAGAGGUACCCUUAGGAGCAACUAAAAUUUUGAUAUUAUUCUUGUAUCCUUCAUUCAUACUUGCACGAUCACUGUUAUUUUGGGUGAGAUUUACUUGAUAUAAAAUAAAGGACAUAAUUCCUUUUUUAAAGUUUAAGAAGCACAAUGUUCGUUAUUUUUAUUUUACCGUGCUUUUUUGUUUAUGAAUGACAGCGCAUUACUGCAAACGUGACAUAAUUGAAUAGAAGGGGAUGAGGGAGGUGUGACAAGGGGUAGUCAUUUUUUUCCAAAUUUUGCGUAACAUCAUUGGGAGAUGGCCUAAAUAUGCAAAAGUUACAAUUUUGGAGCCGGUUUCCUCUCGCUCCGUGGGAUUCUUUCCAUUUUUUGAUGCCGUCUGAAACCUUUAAUUAUGGCUAAUUCAAUAUGUUCAGAAAUAAACUGAUACAUUAUAUUUGAAGAAAGUUAGAUAAGAUUGUAAUUAAAUGUUGUAUUGAAGAAGCAAUUCCUAUUAAAACCAGCCCACUGGUUACAUGAAGGUUCAAAAUGAGUCAAGUUAUUGAAUGCCAAUGUUAAAUAAGUAAUGAAACUGCGUUAAGUUGAUCAAGUUGAUGAACCUCUCGUUAACUGGAAAUUAAUACUUAUUUGGACCCUUUGUUUUUCGUCAAAACUUGUCUCACGAAAAUUGCUCUAACUCUUGAAUUUCUUCAAGCAGUUACUCAAACCAACAUGCCAACGAAAAGAGAAAAAAUAGGGCCUUCUUUUGCAAAGAUCAAAGUGGGUGGUAGCCAUAUUGAUUUUGGCUAGAAGUGAGGAAAUAUUCUCCAGGGCUUAGACUUAUAAAAAAAGGAUGCAUGAACUAGAAAAAGUUGAGCACCACUGCGCUAUAGAAAGGUUGCUUCUUAUAAGUAGGUCUACAUUUAAAACCAGCGCACAGUGGUCCAUUAAGGCAAAAAGUGGAACUUUAUUCUAUAGCGCCUUUUACCUUCAUCUUAGCUUUAAAGUGUCUUCGGAACAAUUGUUUGUAUGAAUGACCCGCAUAAUCGCAAAUUGUCAAAAAGUAUGAAAAGUUUAUUAUACUGAAAAUAAAAAAAAUAACUUUUUUGUGUUAAGAAGAAUAGAAAAAAUAUGCUGAAAUGUGCAAUAACUUUGUAAGAAAAAGUCCUGGAGAUGUGUGGUCUUCAACAAAAACGUGUGUUUUGUAUGUCCAAAUGUUUCUCCAGAACAACAUUUUUUUUGUAAUAUGUAGCUAACAAAAGUCAAGUGCAAAAAAUUAACUUUUUAGUAACUUUUACAGAAAAUACUCUGUAACUCUGUACCCAAUGCAGAUAGGAAUUUUGUUUGUUCAGCAAAGAUUCAUAUUUCUGCACGUUCUAAAACUUUGCCGAAUUAACCAUUCCUCUAUCUCUUAACACUAAAAAGUUAGUAUAUUUGAUAUGGUCGGCGUGCAACCAGACCGAACCAAGCGCCAUUUUUUUUUUGAAAAUUGAGUUUUUAACACUAGUGGAUGUUAUAAUUGAUAAUCUAUAUUUCAUGAAGAAACGAAAUCAUUUGAACAGUUUAUAAUGGUAUUAUAACAAAAUUUCUCUGCAGCAGCUUGCAUGAAGCAUACGGGGUGAGUAAACUUUGUUCGCCGUUUACUCGAAAUAAUGUUUUUGGUGCUUGGUUCGGUCUGGUCGCACGCCGACCAUAUAUGAAAAGCUACUGUAACAUAUGCCGUACUCUAAUACUGGGACAAAUGGAACCUAAAGGAGUUUAUAGUACUUUAGCUUAACUUCAAGGAAAAGUAUUGACUUCAUAAUUCCACUUGCCCCUUUUCAACUUAUACGUUCUUGAAGUUAUUGAAAAAAUAAGCUAAAAUAUGAAACAACUUUGUAACGAAAAGUCCUGGAGAUAUAUGGUGUUUCACAAAAAUGUGUGUUUUAUGUGCCCUAACAAUUCCUCCGAACAAUACUUUCGUGUAAAAUGCAACUAACAAAAGUUAAGUACAAAAACUCACUUUUAAGUAAGUUCCAUGUAAUAUACUUUAUAACUUUGUACCAAAAGAAGAUAGGAUUUUCAUUUGUUCAACAAAGUUUCAUAUUUUUGAAUCUUCUACAACUUUGCUGAACAAACUAUUCUUCUAUCUCUCAACACAAAAAAGUUAUUUUUUUUAUUUUUAGUAUAAUAAACUUUUCAUACUUUUUGACAAUUUGCAAUUAUGCGGGUCAUUUAUACAAACAAUUGUUCCGAAGACACUUUUAAGCUUGGAUGAAGGUAAAAGGCGCUAUAGAAUUAAGUUCCACUUUUUGCCUUAUUGGACCACUGUGCAGCGGAAUGGAAAAACUAAAAUUUUUGUUGGCGGAAAAAUCUUCGACAAAGUUGUAGAUCAUUUGAUUUUAGGCGACUUUAUAGAGGAAUACUUUCAUGUGGCUUUUGAAUUGGCUUAAUUUUCAACAGACUCGGGCCGUUCUUAGCUUUUAGAUAUCGGAGACCAGUCUUGUAAUUCUGGCCUUGUACACAUUGUACACAUUCUUCGGUAAAGUUAUAGAUAAGCUGAUUUAAGAGUUGUUCAUCUGCAAGUUCAAUUAUUUUCAAUAAAAACUAUUUUUUUUUCUGCAAUCAUAGCAAUUUUACGUAAUUUCAAAAAUUUUUAAAGUUAAUUUUCAACGUCAAUUUUAUUUAAAUUUUUGUCAACUAUUAAUUCAAUUAAUAACAUUAAUAUACGACACAAUCUUUCCGGUAGCUUUGAAAGGAUGAAAGUGCUAUAAGAAUGGCAAAGAAAAGACUUUUCUUUUCAAUUCAAACAUAAUACGCAAAAUUUAUUUUAAAGUUUAAGAUGCUCAAAGAAUUUUAUUUUUUUAAUUCAGAUUAGUUUAUUUAUAGACAAUAUGUUGUUAUGGCAGUAGUUUAAAAAAGAGUUUUUGACGAAAAAUGGCACUUUGUUCAAAAAAAGGGAGGGACCAAUGGAGCGAGGGGUGGUCCAAUCGGCAUCGAAUUUGAGAUUUUUGCAUUGUGAAGUUUGAGCCAAAUCUAUAAUUUUACUAAAAAAUAUGUACAGUCUCCGGGAUUGCGGACUUGCGGGUUCAAGUUGGGAAAUUGCGGGUUCAAGUCCCGUCGGGAUACGGGGUAUUUUUCCAAAUCUGUAUCAUAUUUCCAGUUCGCUUAUUUUUCGCUUUCCCUACUGCACACAUUGCCUACUUAAUGAACUUGAAUGUUAACGGGUAAAAGCCGUUGUUAAAAAUAGAAGUUUAGUUCGAAUAAUAAGUUAAACAUUUGCGUGUAGUUAUAGCAGCUAUUUGGCUGGGAAAUAAUAUAGGUAGGUAUGAUAGCAUGGCAGUCAAACAUUCAACCAGCCAGCUCAUCAAUUUUGAAUCUUCGGCAUCAUCGUUCCCAUGCAGCACCAAGCUACAAAGCAACGACGAUUGGAAUAUGAAUCCUGGAACGUGACAAUUGAACGAGGGACAUCGCGCCGCCACCGAUGAUGGUUCCCAGCUGACCUCAGCAAGCUAGCUUAGUAGUUAGGUUGUUAGACGGUUAGGAGAAGAAGUCACAGUCAGUUCUAGUUUAGAUUUGGUAGUGAAUAGAUCGUUUAGUGAAUACUAA